CGGGUCAUCUGAGGCGGGACAGUCAAUAGGCUGGACAGAGGGACACCGAGGGAGACCCCCCCUCCCACUUCCUGUGAGGAACAAGCAUGGCAUCCUCAUCUCUGCCUGUGUCCUCGCUCCCCCCCAGCCCCCUGGCCAUGGAGUACCUCAACGACUUCGACCUGCUCAAGUUCGAGGUCAAAGGUGACACGCCCCCCCCCUGCCUGCACUCCAAGGCGCCCCCCCGUGAUGCUCCCCCUGGUGGCGGCAGCCCAAGCCACGCCUACCCAUCAGACUCCAGUGUGAGCUCCAGCCCGUACAACUCACUGCCCCCGUCGCCGACGCUGAGCGAUGCCCAGCCCCCAGCCUCCUUCUCCUCCUCUUCCUCCUCCUCCUCCUCCUCCUCAUCCACCCCCUCGCUGCCCUUCCCCCACGCUCCCACCGGAGGCCAUGUCCCCGCCUUGCACCCCGUCUCGAACCCCGCCUCCCUGGAGGACCUCAUAUGGCUGGCAGCCCUACAGCAGCAGCUGGGCGGAGCUGAGGCCCUGGGGGUCGGGGCCGACCGGGGUCCCGUGGGCUCCUACCUCGGCUGCGAAGACGCUGUGGAGGCGCUGCUGAAUUCGGCGGCGGCUGCGGUGAGUUCCCAGUUCCCCGGCGUGGGCCAGAGUUGCAGCAACGGCUACCAUGACACAAGCAAGGACAGUGGAGAGGAUGCCUCCACCCUGCCCAAGAUACCUGACGGAGGCCAGCGGCAGAACUUUCUCCUGCCCCCUGGGGCUUCCUCAUUCCCCAAUGCCCCGUCCUGCUCCAUGGGCACCUACCCCCACCCGCCUGGCCCCCAGACCCGGCAUCAUCAUCAGCCACCCCACCACCAUCUCCACCACCUCCAUCACCAUCCACACCAAGGACAUGGCCUCCAUAAUCAUCACCACCAUCUCCAACUUGACCAGGGCGGUGUGGACCAGCGCUUCUCGGACGAGCAGCUGGUCAGCCUGUCGGUGCGUGAGCUGAACCGGCACCUGCGGGGCGUCAGCAAGGACGAGGUGGCACGACUGAAGCAGAAGCGGCGCACGCUGAAGAACCGCGGCUACGCGCAGUCCUGCCGCUACAAGCGGCUGCAGCACCGGCACGCGCUGGAGUCCGAGAAGCACGUCCUGACCCAGCAGCUGGAGCAGCUGCAGUGUGAGCUCUCCCGGGUGCUGAAGGAGAGGGACGCCUACAAGACUCGUUACGAGAAACUCAUUAGCAUGGGGGAGGCCCCGCCCACUCUGGCCGAUCGCCCCCCGUCGCCACCCACCUACUUCCUGUGAGGGGCGUUGGAGCUGCUUCGAGGAAGAGGAAGGCGCCAUUAAGCUGAUUCCAAAUAAUCGGCACCGAAUUACGGUGACCCCCCUUCCCCCCUCCUUCCCCACUCCUGAGUGGGAAUAGCGAUGCUUUCUGAAAGGCAGAUGUCGACCACCGAUUCUUAAAUCUGCACGGGGAAUUCAUAUUACCUCAGAGGUGAAACGGCUGAGGUAUCCGCUUAUCAUCCCCCGUAGAGUGUAUCUGAUCGGAAUCAUACCUGAAUGUCAUGCAAAGAUUUACCUCACCGAAGAAAUCAGUCGAUAGUACUGACUCUGAGUGUAAAGACGAUCCCGUAUCUCUGGCAAUACCGGGGCGAAAAAGAGCUAUGAUCAGCAAGCUCGGGCUAGUCCUGCGACCUUUGUGGUCCAGGAAGUCAAAGGUAACACUGAUAGGGAGACAGCGGUCCCCAUGUGACCUCUGAAGCGCUCUAGAUGAAUGAAGUCUGGCCAUGAAAAUGAAUAACGUGGGAUGGGACUGGGCAGGUUCGGGGCAGAUUAGCAAUUUAUGAGUUAUGAGUACAUAGUUAUGCAUCGUUAUAAAGGUUAUUCUAGAAGUAAUAAGCUCAGAAAAUAAGACAAUGCAAACGGCAUGCAUGUGAAGUUACUAGUUGUGUUAUUCCCUCCACCACUAUUGUAGCCAAACGGCCGCCAAUGGUCUUAACCCUAUGUAUCGGAUUAGUGGUUUUUGUCCUGUGGGUGGAUUAUGCUGAAACAUUCACAGCUUUUUUUUUGCACUACAGACAAAGUAUCUUAUUGUUGCUAAUCAGACCGUAUCUGAGUAAUUUUCAUAAUUAUUUUUAAAGCUUUAUAUGAAGCUGACAUCAAACUUACUCCCUCUUUUGCUGUAUAUUAAGGCAAAUUUUAAAAAAGGCAAGUGAAAGCAGAGGAAAAUAAGAACAAUGUAUGUACUGAAUUCCAUAUAGCACAAUAUCUUGUAAAAAAUAUUUUUCUUGUGUUUCGAAUAGCGUGUAAAUAUGACUGGAAGUCAGCCAACCUUCAGCUUGGCCGUUUUAAAAUUAAAUCAUUGGUUUUUUUAAACUCUGGCUUUGUGAUCCAAUGAGAGCUGUGUUUCAAAGUCAGCCAAGAACUCCGGAGACCAACCGAACACCGCUGAUUCAGCCGUUCAGCCGGGAAUCCCAGCCAAUCAGGGGAUGGGCUGUGCUGACAGAAGCACUGAAGAAGAGGAGAAUCGGGAAGCAUCUGCCUGCUUUGGCUGGACGAACUCAUUAGCUAAUUACAACCUUAACAGCUACUUUUUAACCUUUGACCUUUGCAGG